CCAUCCAUUCCAUUUCUCUAAUUACUAAUUCACCGUUUACGUUAGAGCAAAUAUAGAAGAUAUACUUGUCUUCAAUUACCAUACAUGCAAAUGAUAUAUACAAAAACUGAUGCACAUCCAUCCCCUCCUUCAAACGACAAACGACUUGCACAGAUAUUUUACCGUCUUCCCAACACAGAGAUCGUCACUCGCUCCUGCUACGCUAAUGGAGCCAAGCAACAAGGACCACCAUUAUCACUUACUUGCUGCUGCUGAUUCAGAAUCUAAAUCCCCAUUUUCUGCAGAUACCCAACUGACAAGUGACAGUAAAAGACAACCAACAUGGCCUGUGCUGGCCACCGGAGCUUCUGAUCAUCCACCGCAAAAACUCAAAGCUACACAGCCCAGUCUCAACAAAUAUGCUCUUGCUGGUGCUUUGUUGGCUUCCACCAACUCUGUUCUCUUGGGUUAUGAUAUUGGGGUGAUGAGUGGUGCUGCUCUUUUCAUCAGGGAGGACCUUAAUAUCUCAACAACCCAAGUAGAAAUCUUGGUUGGUUCUCUGAAUGUAUGUUCUUUGAUUGGAUCACUUGCCUCAGGCAAGACUUCAGAUUGGAUUGGCAGGCGUUACACUAUAGUCCUGGCAGCAGCAACAUUUCUAAUAGGUGCGCUUCUAAUGGGACUGGCACCAUCCUUCCCUUUCCUAAUAGCUGGUAGGGUUGUGGCUGGGAUUGGAGUUGGCUACUCUCUCAUGAUUGCCCCAGUCUAUGUGGCUGAGCUCUCGCCAGCUCUCACCCGGGGCUUCCUCAGCUCUCUCCCUGAGGUGUUCAUCAAUGGAGGAAUUCUACUUGGCUACAUCUCCAACUACGCUUUAUCGGGCAUGCCGCAAAACAUAAACUGGAGACUUAUGCUUGGCCUUGCAGCAUUCCCUGCUAUUGCUGUUGCAUUAGCUGUGUUAGGAAUGCCAGAGUCACCUAGGUGGUUGGUCAUGAAAGGCCGGUUAGAUGAAGCAAAGCAGGUUUUGAUGAGAACAUCUGAAACCAAAGAGGAAGCUGAAUUGAGACUCAAAGAGAUAGCAAAAGCUGCGUCCUCACUGUUGAUCACUAGUACCCCAGCAGCAGGCACUUCAUCAAGCAGCAACUGGCAUGGACAAGGGGUUUGGAAAGAGUUACUAUUGAGGCCCACUAGGCCCAUCCGCCGCAUUCUAAUCGCUGCCAUCGGCGUCAACUUCUUCAUGCAAGCCUCCGGCAAUGACGCCGUUGUGUACUACAGCCCGGAGGUAUUCAGGGAGGCCGGAAUUCACAACAAGAAACAUCUUGUGGGUGUCACAAUCCUCAUGGGCAUAGCCAAGACUUCCUUUGUUCUGGUAUCAGCUCUGUUCUUGGACAGGUUUGGAAGGCGGCCACUUCUGUUAUUGGGCUCUAUUGGCAUGGCAAUCUCAUUGGCAGCUUUGGGCUUUGGUUCAAAGUUUCUUGAGUUUUCAGGUAACAAGCCAGAUUGGGCAAUUGGGUUGUGUGUGGUGGCUGUUUGCUCUGCUGCUUCAUUCUUCUCUAUUGGGCUUGGGCCCAUCACAUGGGUAUAUUCGUCAGAAAUAUUUCCAAUGAGGCUGAGGGCCCAAGGUUCAAGCUUGGCCAUAGGGGUGAACAGAUUGGUGAGCGGGUUGGUGGCCAUGACAUUUCUAAGCAUUUCUAGGGAGAUAACAUUUGGAGGAAUGUUUUUAGCUCUUGCGGGAAUAAUGGUGGUGGGCACAGUUUUCUUUUACUUCUUUUUGCCAGAAACCAAAGGGAAGAGCUUAGAAGAAAUUGGGGUUCUAUUUGAGGAUCAAGUCCAUGAGGAAGAGGAGGAGGAGAACCAUAAAAUGCUUCUUUGUUAGUCGUAGUCAUGAAAAAUUGUCCACAUUUUAACGCAUUGUGAGUAACGCUAAAGAGAUUGUAUUUUAGAUUUUAUUAGUGAAUUAGAUUGCACUGGAUAUUCAA